AUGGCUACGGUCUCCUCCGACGUCAAGAAGAUGCCUCAAACCUCUGAAAUGGACGGUGAGUUUUUCUCUUUUCCUUAUCAUCCGUACUCGAUUCAAUUGGAUUUAAUGCGUCAGAUAUGGAAUACACUUGAGCAACGUCAUUGUGGUAUUUUUGAAAGUCCUACUGGAACUGGCAAGUCCAUUAGUCUCAUCUGUGGAGUUCUGACGUGGCUUACAAAACACACGGAUGAAUAUGGAUUGCUUCAAAAAACUACUGUAGAAAUGGAUACAAUUGCAGCAAAAGUAGAUCUCUCCAAGAAUUGGCUCGAUGAUUUUGAGCAAAAGACGGUCGAGCGAGAGCUGAAAUUUCGUCAACAAGUGGUUAAAGAAGCAUUGAAUGGGAUUGAAAAGCUUCGAUUCGAACCGGACGCUACAACGAAGAAACGAAAAAUGAGAAUUGCUUAUAACCACAAUGAACGGAAACGGGUGCACCAGUACAGUAGCAAGAGACAGAGCGAGCAGAAUGAAGAGGACGGUGAUGAACAUGUGGUGGAUCCGUACGACAGUGAUCGAGUGGAUCGGCACAAGAGUGAUAGUGAUGAUGAGAAUACAAUGAGGUCUGAUGUGUUGAAUGGACGGUUUCGUGACGAGAAACCAGAGUUUGGGAUCGUGAAGAUCAUCUAUUGCAGUCGGACACACUCGCAGAUCUCGCAAUUCGUUCAUGAGAUACGGAAAACAGUUUUUGCGGACCAUGUACGAGUCGUGUCGUUGGGUUCUCGUAAGAACUUGUGUACGAACCCAAAGGUUACGAAGUUGGACUCGGACUUGAGAAUGACCGACAGGUGUUUGGAUAUGAUGCAAAGCAACAAGAACAAGAACAGCAACAAGGUCGGAAAGUGUCCGUACUACGAGAAAGAGCUGCUUCGUCACUACAAAGAUUAUGCUCUGGCUCACGUACAAGACAUUGAGGAUUUACACACAUUGGGUGAUGACAUGUCAAUUUGCCCGUACUACGGCACGCGCGAAAGCAUUCCGCUUGCUCAAAUCGUUACGGUGCCAUAUUCAAUGCUGCUUAGCAAAGAUACUCGAGAGACCUUGGGUAUUGCGCUGGAAGACAACAUAAUUAUCUUUGACGAAGCGCACAAUAUUAUCGACGCAAUCAACAACACAUAUAGGGUUGAAAUCACCAGUAAACAGCUGGUGGUAGCACGAAGAACGCUAUGGUCGUAUUUCACAAAGUAUGAGAAACGGUUCAAGGGCAAGAACGCGUUUUACAUUAAGCAACUAUUGUCAAUCAUGGAAUCGUUAACAAAAUUUCUUCGCCAGCUGAGCAAAUCUGCUGGGAAAGCUGCAUCAGCUAACGACGUUGAUGAUGGAGCUACUGGGGCACAAAUGAUGACUAUCAACGAUUUCUUGUUCAGUGCGAAGAUCGAUCACUUCAACAUGUUCAAGAUCUUGGAGUAUCUGGGUGAGAGUGGCUUGGCAAAGAAGUUGAUGGGAUUUGUUGACUUCACAAACAAGGGAUCCUCUGUUGCUAUCGCUCCCCUUGCACCUACUGAUGAUCCUGACGUAGGUUUUGAGAGUCGUCACAUAUCACCACUGCGAACGGUCGAGGCUCUGUUAAAGGCCUUGACCAGUGCAGGAGAAGAUGGCCGUGUCCUUGCGCAGCCGAAUAAUGUGCACAAGGGGGUGGAAGGCUUGAUCAAGUUCAUUCUGCUUAAUCCUGUCAUUCAUUUCCAAGAAAUAGUGAAAAAGUCACGGAGCGUCAUACUCGCUGGAGGGACAAUGCAGCCGGUUUCGCAAGUGAUCGAUCAGCUUUUUUCGGCAGUGCCAAGAGACGAUAUCGAUUUGUUUUCAUGCGGACACGUCAUUCCUCCUGAAAAUUUAGUGGCCUUUAGUCUCGCAUCGGGUCCUUCCCAAAAGCACCUCGAAUUUACGUAUUCUCGACGGAAUGAUAUGGAAGCAUUGGACGAGCUUGGGUGUAUUCUACUUAACCUUGCACGCAUUGUGCCAGGUGGAGUUGUGGUAUUUUUUCCUUCGUAUCGCUUUGAAGAGAAUGCAGUUCGUCGAUGGCAGGCUACAAAACAGUACGAGCAAAUUCAAGCAAAGAAAAGCGUUUUUAGCGAGCCGAAGAAAGCUGAUGAACUUGCAGAGGUACUAAUGCAAUAUUCAGCAGCCUGCUCGCGGGAUAACCAGAACGGAAAGGGUGCUAUGCUUCUGAGUGUGGUUGGAGGUAAAAUGUCCGAAGGAAUCAAUUUCAGUGAUGAAUUGGCACGAUGCGUUGUAAUGGUAGGCAUGCCGUAUCCAAACGCUCGAGAUGCAGAGAUAGUUGAGAAAAUGAAUUUCCUAGACAAGACAAGUCCCGGAUCUGGACGGCAAUUUUACGAGAGUCUUUGUAUGAAGGCGGUCAACCAGUCGAUUGGAAGGUCAAUUCGCCAUCAAAAUGAUUAUUCUGCCAUUUUGCUGGUUGACCAUCGAUACUCAAGUCUGGCGGUUCGCAAUCGUUUACCUGAGUGGAUUCAGAAGCGCAUUCAACCGCCGAUGUCGUUUGGGCAGGCAUACUCGCAGCUCGUGCAAUUCUUUCGAGCAAAAGACAAACAUGACGCGCUAAACCAGUAG